AUGCAAAAAAGACGUCCUCAUUCUCCUGAAUUAUACCGAUUUGAACGGAGUAUUCUGAAUAAAACCGAAUGGGUGUCUAUGCUGAAGCGGGUUAGUUCUUACCGCAGUCAUCUCCAGGAUUUUUCUGUUUUAUUUGGGAAGACUCUCGAAGCGCUCUCGACGGAACUGCAGCAAGCGGAGCACCAGCAGCAGCACUCGAGCUUUGAUAAUUGCUCGGCGGAGCUCGUUCAACCUCUCAGACAACAGGCAAAUGAUGAAAUUUCAAUCGCUCGCAUAGUCGACGCUGAAGUCACUCGAUUUCGACUAUCAGAAGAGCUCUGGAAUGCUGCCCACUCCUCGGCUGCGAAGAAAAUUGGAAAGCUUGCAGUCAUGCAUAUGUUUUAUGCGACUUGGAGUUUGGACUUGCUCAAUCGGUUCCCGGAGAGCAGCGAUGGCAGAUCAGCGCUGGAAAAUCUGCUUGUCGGAGUUAGCUACUUCCUCGAGAAUGGCUUCAAGGGAACGCUUUUUGACGAGCAAUCGCAUUUAACGGGAUCCUUGGAAUCUGAACUGCAAUGUAUUGAGAUCAGAGCUUGCAGAUUUGGAAACGUGUCCGCAAGUGAUGAUCCUGACGGCUCUGGCGAAUCCAAUGUCGGCUUGCCUCAAGCUCAAAGCUUAUUAGAGAACGACUGCGGCGAGUUUAUUGAAUGGGAGAAGGAGAACUUUGCGAUGAUUUUGAAGAUUUCGUCCUUCAAGGAAUGUUUUGAACAGAUCAACACAGCUGCGCGACGGCGAGAACUUCUCUGCGCUGGAAAGACGUGCUGGAUCGAGCCGGGGACCAGAUUCGAAGGAGACCCGCAAUUUUAUUGUUCUGCUUCACAAACCGUCAAAACUAAUGGCUUCGGUGUCUUUUUCUGCAUGAUUUUACUAUUAUCUUUUAUUCAAUAA